AUGGGGCAUGACAGGGGGCAUGACAGGAGCAGCGUGGCCAUUGAAGCCAAAAGAUCAAAGGCGCCGCGCCCUGGGGAUCAGGGUUACAUACUUGUGAUGGAACGUCUCCACGCUUAUAUCAGUGUUGUGUUAUCGAUUGCCUUCGCCAGUGCUUGUGGACUCAGGGGCACCUCCUUCCCUCGGGGCACGGGAGGCCACAGGGGCACGGACACGCCCACGACCACCCCCCAUCCCCCCCACACGCCCACGACCACCCCCCAGCACCCCCCGCACCCCCCCGGCAGCAGCGCCCACCGGGGUACUGCAGCGCCUCCUUCGGGAUCCGACGGGAGGGCGAAGGGCGGCGUCGGGCCUUCGUCGGGCGUCGGGGGGCAGCGCGGUCGGGCGUCGGGCUCCGGGGUCGCUCUGCAGGGCCUUCGCACGCCCCAAGACACGUACAUGGGUCCCCGAGAAACGUACACAGCGCCCCAAGAGACGUACACUGCGCCCAAGGAGACGUUCGCAGCGCCUCAAGAAACGUACACAGCGCCCCAGGAAACGUACACAUCGCCCCAGGAAACGUACACAGCGCCCCAGGAAACGUACACAGCGCCCCAGGAAACGUACAUAGCACCGCAAGAAACGUACACAGCGCCCCAGGAAACGUACACACCGCCCCAGGAAACGUACAUAGCACCCCAAGAAACGUACACAGUGCCCCAGGAAACGUACACACCGCCCCAAGAAACGUACACAGCAUCCCAGAAAACGUACACACCGCCCCAGGAAACGUACACAGCGCCCCAAGAAACGUACACAGCGCCCCAGGAAACGUACACACCGCCCCAGGAAACGUUCACAGCGCCCCAGGAAACGUACACAGCGCCCCAAGAAACGCACAUAGUUCCCCAGGAAACGUACACAACACCUCAAGAAACACACACGCCUCCUCCGCGGACAUACACACUUCCCCAAAAAACGUACAUAGUUCCACAGGAAAACCAUAUAGUGCCCGAGGAAACGUACGUGCCUCCUCAAGAAAUGUACACAGCCCCUCAAAAAACGCACAUUGCGCCCCAAGAAACGUUCAUAGAGACGUACACACCGCCUCAAGAAACACAUAAGGCACCUCAGGAAACGUACACAGCGCCCCAACAGACGUACAGCCCCCCUCAGGAAACGUACACAGCGCCCCAAGAAACGUACACAGCGCCCCAGGAAACGUACACAGCGCCCCAAGAAACGUACACAGCGCCCCAAGAAACGUACACAGCGCCCCAAGAAACGUACACAGCGCCCCAGGAAACGUACACAGCGCCCCAAGAAACGUACACAGUGCCCCAAGAAACGUACACAGCGCCCCAAGAAACGUACACAGCGCCCCAAGAAACGUACACAGCGCCCCAAGAAAAGUACACAGCACCCAAAGAAACGUACAACCCCCCUCAGGAAAUGUACAUAGCGCCCCGAGAGACGUACACACCUCCUCAGGAAACGCACACAGCCCCUAAGAAGACGCACACAACACCUCUCAAUUCUCUCGAGUUUUCUGACCGAGUGUACACCGUCUCUGAACAAUCGUACAAUCCGCCUGAACAGUCAUUCUCUCCUCCCAGUUCAUUCAAGGAAGCGCAUUCGCCAUCUCAGCCUGUGACACAUCAACAAACGUUCAGUGACCAUCAGCAAACGUUUUCUUCGCCUCAGCAAACGUUCAGUGAUCAGCAAACGUUUUCUUCGCCUCAGCAAACGUUCAUUGACCAUCAGCAAACGUUUUCUUCGCCUCAGCAAACGUUCAGUGACCAUCAGCAAACGUUCAGUGAUCAGCAAACAUUUUCUUCGCCUCAGCAAACGCUCAGUAAUCACCAAACAUUUUCUUCGCCUCAGCAAUCGUUCAGUGACCAUCAGCAAACGUUCAGUGAUCAACAAACAUUUUCUUCGCCUCAGCAAACGUUCAGUAAUCACCAAACAUUUUCUUCGCCUCAGCAAACGUUCAUUGACCAUCAGCAAACGUUUUCUUCGCCUCAACAAACGUUCAGUGACCAUCAGCAAACGUUCAGUGAUCAGCAAGCGUUAUCUUCGCCCUACCAAACAUUUAGAGGGCAUCAAGAAACGUUGUCUUCGCCUCAGCAAGCGUUCAGAGAGUAUCAGGAAACGUUCUCUUCGCCUCAGCAAACGUUCGGUGAUCACCAAACGUUCUCCUCGCCUCAUCAUACGUCCACUGGUCAUCAGGAAACCUCAUUUUCUACCCCACAAAGACCGAAUAAUAAUCAGCAAACGUUUCUCACACCGCAGCAAACGUUCAACGGCCACCAGCAAACGUUUUCGUCACCGCAACAAACGUCUACCGAAAAUGUGUUUCAACCUCCUUCAGAGACGCUAAUUAUAACGAAAGGGAACAAACAAAUUUUGAUUCCUCGUCCAACACAAAUAGUCAUUCGUUAG